AUGUACCUCCAAAGUCAGAGUUUUUCUGAACUGUACAUCCCAAAAGGCGAUUUGAUGAUCAUCAUGGAGUAUUGCCUUGGAAACCUGAGGGAUUACCUGAAGAUGCACCAAAAAUUAUUCAACCCGAACGAUAAAUAUUAUUUGGAAUCACUCAGCGAGGGUCUUACAGAGCCAUAUUGCUCUUGUGAUCUGGAGUACUUGACCUUCCAGGUCUCUAAAGGCAUGGAGUACUUGGAGUCCAGAAAAAUCGUGCAUCGAGAUCUGGCUGCUAGAAAUGUACUGCUCAGCAAAAACUUCAUUGCGAAGAUAAGUGACUUCGGCCUUUCCAGGAACACGUAUGCAAAGAAUGAAUACAUCGGGAAAUUUGGUUACAUCCCAUACAAAUGGAUGGCGUUGGAAUCGCUUUUCGAUGGUAUCUUUACCAGCAAGUCGGACGUUUGGGCAUUUGGCGUAUUGGUGUGGGAAACGUUCAGCCUCGGGGAGACUCCGUAUGGAGACGCAGGUGUCGAGGUCCUCGACCGCAUUAAAAAAGGGUACCGUUUAGAGGCUCCCAAACACGCAGAAGAGAAGCACUACAAAACCAUGGAGAAGUGCUGGUACUUGGAUCCAAGAGAGCGGCCGACAUUCUUCGAUUUGAGUCGGUUGCUCCAACCCAUGUUGUCCAAGUCUCAACGAAUGCACUAUGCAGAGCAAUACGGCCCCUUCAGCUAUGCGAAUGAGGAGUUCUUUCAGGUGAAUCACGACCUUUUGGAGAUGACGACAACCGUCGAACCUGAAGAUGAAAACGUCCCACAACUCAGGAUAGCCGAUCCCUUGGAGCAGAACGUAGAGCCUGAUCCGUUCCAUGUCGCUGUUUCUGACUCAGAUAACCCUUCUCCUAUCAAUUGUCAAAAUCAAGAAAAUGUGGCCGACCCUAGAGCUCAAGUUGAUCUUCAGCAGUGGAACAGAGUUGAGGAAGCUCCAUCCUCAGAUAUGGCGAAUCAUGGAGAGACUAGACUCACUGAUCCAGACGAGGAGUUGAAAAAGCACAUCCAGUACAAACAGUGGUGUGCAGAACCAAAAAAUGAGUGAAACUGAGAUCGAAGAUUGUGUCGAAUGCUCCGUGUCCCUGCGUUACUCGCGGCGGCAACAUUCAAGAGACUUUAGUGAAUUUAAAGGAUGUUUACCCUGAAAAAGACUGUCCCAAAGGAUUCACAUAGGAAUGUAUAGGAAUCCUAUCGAAAUCCUGUAGGAUUCUAAUGAGAUUCCUAUAU